GCUCUUGGCACUGUGUUGUUACAACCUGACGAUGAUGAAGUCAAACAUGUAGUAGAAUACAUCAGUAGAUCUACCAAGCCCACUGAGAAAAACUACACUAUAACUGAGCUGGAAUACACCGCGAUUGUUUAG